CAAAUAAUCACCAUCAGACUUGUGACGUUUUUUUUUUGGCAUUCCAGUCAGCCACACGUCUGUUGCUUGUUGCGAGGCUUGUCGCUGGCUCGCUUCGCUUGUUUGCAUUGACUCUGAAGACAAAGGACACACAGAAAAGGGUUGCCUUUGGCGCAUAUGUGUUGGUGGCGUCAGUGGAAGGAUCAACACCAUGCCAUCAGACAAGUCGGGAAGCACCCUGACAGCCGAAAAAUCAGGAUCGGGCGAUGGCACGCCAGCCACCCCACAACCAUCUUCCAACACAGCACCAACACCAUCCACCGCACGCAGAAAACGAAGGUUUCUGUUCUUUCGGCUCGGCGAUGAGCUGAUAGGCCACAAGCCAAAGAAGAAGCUGCCAUUCCGGCUGCUUCGGCGGUCUACGGCGUCAUCCCCGGCCAAGGCAGGAGGCCUGGGCACGGUGGGCGAAGCAGGCGGUACCAGCGAUCCAGCACAGGCAGCGGCGCCAUCAUCGUCGUCAUCGUCGUCGCCACCACCAUCGUCUGGCAAGCUGAGCCGGCGGGAACGCAAGGAACGCAAGAGCAAGAGGAAAGAAAAGAAGAAGAAGGACAAGGCCAAGGACAAGGACAAAGAUGAGCGCAACAAACAGCAGUCACCGCCAGCAUUAGCGCUGGAUGACGCACAGCAGCCAAGCACUACGGACUCACAAAAGAGCGCAUUUGCCAGCACACAUAUCACCACCCAACAGCAGCAACAGCAGCAGCCGGAGCAUGGUGGCGAAGGCGCUGAUGGCGCGAGUCAGACGUCAUCAUCUUGCGCGUCGUCUGCAUCCGCACCACGAACACCGACAACACCCCGCCGGUCCACCACGAGUGACGUGCUGCUGGACACGGCUGGAGACGCCGCCCUGCCCACGUCACCGCAGCACCUCGGCCCAAUCCCGCGCCCAUCCGGCCUGUCGCGGGAGCUGUCGAUAUCGGGAGCCAUGUCCUCUGCGGCGGUUGCGGGCGUGACAGCAACUGCAUUUGACCGCGCCGCUGCCCGCUCCAUGCGCAUGUCCCGCCACCGCCACCGCCGCCCCAGCAUCUUCGAUGAGCCCAUCACACACGUUGUCUCUGGCACGGUCACCGUCCGGCGCGCAUCCAUAUUCGACCCCUCGCCCUCACCCACCGACGCCACCACCCACGAUCAACACGCCAUCAUCAAUGGUGAUGGUGGUGCGUGGGGCCGUGCGCGCCCGUCUGUGCUACGGCGAGCGGGGGGACUGGUGCGUUCCACGUCAGCCAGCGACCUCUUCACCAGCACGAAGAGCAAGCACGCGAGUGGUGAUGGCGGCGGCGGUGAUGGUGAGGAAGAGAAGAUGGAAGAGCAGCGUGGAGAGGAGGAUGCGGGUGAGAGCGAGGGCAAGGGUGCCCCUGGUACAGGUGAGCGAACACAAAACAAAGAGGGAGAAGGGAGCGAGCACGAGGACGAUGUUGCGGCGCUGUUGACACCGGUUGAGAGCCAGCGCCCAAAGAGCGAACAGGUCUUCACCCCAGAGGCAAUGGGAGAGGGCCCAGCGUUUUCGCUGGAGUUCUCAUGCGAUCAGCAGCAGCAGGAGGAGAAGGGGAAGGAGAAGAAGGAAGAGGGCAACGGAGUUGAUGAGGAGAAGGGGAAGGAGGUGGUGAAGCAGCAAGAGAUGAACGACAACGAGCAAGAUAACGGCCAACACGAAGAAGAGCGAGAGGAGGAGGAGGAGGAGGCGCCUGUGCUGGACGAUCCGUCCACAGAGGAACGACAUGCGGCUGCUCGCUCGUUCAGGCAUUCUUGGCACGGUCGCACCGCGUUUGACGAAACACAAGAUGAGGCUGACGUGGACGAGCUGCCGUCCUCAGUGUUCCGCAUCACCGACCUGGAAGUAGGCCGCGUGCUGGGAAAGGGGUUCUAUGGCCGCGUGCUGCAGUGCACACACAAAUACACCGGCGAAACCGUGGUGGUCAAGGAGCUGAUUCGCACGGACUCUGAGGCAAAGGCGCUGUUUGUGCAGGAGAUGAGUCUGCUGAAGAAAUUGAAGCACAGGAACGUGCUCAGGUUCAUUGGCAUCUUCUACAGCAACGACAAGCUGCACCUGGUCACGGAGUAUGUUGACAACGGGACGCUGCGCAACCACAUUCUCAACGAGGCAGAGACACUCCCGUGGGAUCUCAGGGUGCAGAUGGUGCGCGAUGUUGCGCUGGGAAUGGAAUAUCUCCAUGGCCAAUCCAUCAUCCAUCGCGAUUUGAAGACGGAGAACUGCCUUGUCCGCCACGACAUGAGCAUCGUCCUCUGCGACUUUGGACUCGCAAGAGUGAUGAAAGGGGAAGUGUUCAAGGAACGGCGCUCGCUCGACCGCGGCCUUACCCACUCCAUGCGCGUGCUCCCGGCCGUCUCCCCCGCCGCCCGCGCACACAUGACCGUCGUCGGCACGCCAGACUGGAUGGCCCCGGAGAUGAUUAUGAGCGGCGACUACAACCAGUCAGCAGACGUGUUCUCCUUUGGGCUGAUUGUGUGCUCGCUGAUUGCGCGCAUGGACCCUGACCCAGAUCUCAUCCGAACGCACACGUUUGGCCUCGACCACGCAAAGUUCAGGAGCAAGUAUGCCGGUGACAGCCCUGAAGAGCUGCUCCAGCUCGCGUUCCAGGCAACCGCGUUUGAACCAGAGAAUCGGCCGUCCUUCUCCGAGCUGAGUGCGCGGCUGUAUCUGAUUGAUCUGCAGACAAGCUGUGCGCUGAUGAAUGAAGCAGACCAACAGCAGCACGCGCACCCCCACAACCACCACCAUCACACCUUAUCCUUACCAGACAACUCACGUGCACGCGCCUUCACCAACGCACAGUGACUUGCCAGCGUAUGGCACAGGUUCUUUGUAUGUAUGCUCGUAAUGCUGUAAGUGAUUCACGAUCUCUCUCUCUCUCUCUCUCUCUCUCUCU